UGUGGAUUACAUUUAAUAAUGAAUUCAGAAAAUAUUCUAGAUUCAAAAAUACUCGGAUUUGCAUGUUUGCAAACUUCACAUUCACCUGAGAAUAUUUUCAUUGGAGAAGAUGAUCAACAGAUUCCCGUGUUGCUUUCUCAAUCGAAUGACAAAACCGAAUAUUUAUCUGACUCCACAGAAGUAAUAUCAGUUACUCAAGAGCAAGAAUCUGAAGCAAUAUCUUCCAUAUACAAUGAUGAUGUAUUUGUCGAUGGAUGUGGACCAAAAGCAAUACUUGUGGAGAAUGAUUACAUCAAAGAUUCACAGUCUUCACAAUUCACUGUUCUGCAAUCAUCGAAUAAACAGUUUCUCGGUAGCAGUAAUGAUUCAUUCCAGUUGGAGUUGCCCACAAAUGGCAAUUAUACAGUUGACGACAAGGAAGACGACAAAAGAAUAGAAACUUCCCAAGAAGCAGAUGCAAAUGGGGAAAUCAUUUGCCAACUUGGUGAAGAAUUCUUGUCAUCAAUAUCAGAUGAAACAUAUCUUCAAACUCUUGAUAAAACAUUAAAUGAACAAGUUAUAGAAAUGAGCGGACAGAUGUAUUAUCCCCACGCCGAUGUUGUUCCUGUUACAACUGAAAGAAUUCAAACCUUUCCUGUAUUACCUGUAUAUCCAUACGUUGCCACUCCCUUUCAAAUGACUAAAAAUAAUCAACUCCAUCAACACCACGUAAAAGAACAACAAGUUGACAAUUUCAAACUUAAGGAACAAAGGAUUAGUUCAAGACAAAUACGAAGAAAGGAAAAGAGAACUUCUCCCGUGACUUUAAAUGGAGAACGAAAAUCGGCAAACAAUCGAGAACGAAAAAGAAUGUUCAAUAUCAACGAAGGAUUUGAAGAAUUGAGGUCUCGUGUUCCAACAUUCCCAUAUGAAAAAAGACUUUCAAAGAUAGACACAUUACAUCUUGCUAUUGCAUACAUAGCAUUUCUACGAGAUAUGUUAGAAUCAGAAAAACAUCCAAAUCAGUUUGUGAAGGAAUGUAUCAACGGAAAUGCAGAGUAUAAAUCAAGAAAAUGGAAUAUCAGUGAUUUAACAACACGGUUGAUGUGGACUGAAUGGGUCAGAUGAAUGAAUAUCUGGAAUAUGAUUGUUUGCUAUUUUCUUGGAGUUCCAUAUUGUUUUGAACAAACUGAUUUAUUUAUUUUUAUGUUGACAACUCGAAUCUUAAUUAAAAUCUGUCACAAUUGUUAUUUUACUUCGCAUUUUGUUUUUAUCCAUUUUUGUAUUAUCAUAACUGCUUUUCCUAUUCUACUUGAAUACAUUUAUACAUUGUGAA